AUGGCUUGUAUUCCUCAGAGCUUUUUAGAUAGUGCUGAAUUGAUGAGACCAUUAUCCCAUAUAAUAUCAGCUAUUGAAACACCUUUCAAUAUUUAUGGUAUACUUUUGAUUUAUUAUAAAACACCAUUUCGUAUGAGAAGUAUGAAAUGGACAAUGUUAAUUGCUCAUAUUAGCAGUACAAUUUCUGAUAUUAUGUUAGGAACAAUGACUAUUCCAUUUGUAUUUUUUCCGGCAAUUUCUGGAGUUCCUCUUGGAACUCUUUCUGAUAUUGGGCUCAAUGCUUUUGUCCAAACUUUUGUUACAGUUGGAUGUAUUGGAGGUUGGUAAAAAUUUUCUUGUUGAAUAUUUAUCUAAUUCAUUUUUUUUUUAGAAGUUGGAGCAUCAAUUGCUUUGAUGUUUGAGAAUCGACAAAAUCAAGCAGUCACUAGUUCUUUCAAAAUUCGAACAAAACUUGGACGCUAUUUUUUCACAAUUAUUAAUUUGACAAUGCCAUUUUUCUUCAUGUUACCGGUAUUUUUACAAAUUCCUGAUCAAGAAAUAUCAAAAAAUAAUAUUAUAAAGGUAAAAUCCAACAAAUUCCUGAGCUCAUUGAGUUUUUUUUUCUGAAAUUUUCUAGGAUAAUCCAUGUUUGUCUCAUGAAUUUUCCGAAUAUCCAGUUAUAGUUGUUACCGAUCAACCUCGUCUUGUUGGAAUACUUUUUGUUUUCAUAACAGUUUUCUAUCUUUCCCAAGCCUUUGUUUUUAUUCUUCAUUCAUCUUGGUAUCUUUGCCGAUCUGCACAUAUAACUAAUCUCAGUCAAAGAACCAAAAAGCUUCAACGUAAAUAUUUCACAGCGGUUUGCAUUCAAAUCGCAAUUCCUCUAUUGAUAAUUGCAACUCCAGUUUAUUAUUUCAUAUUUUCAAUUAUCACCGAUUACUACAAUCAAAGUGAGAAUCUUAUUAAAAUUCUACAUAUUUAACAAUCUUAUCAAAAAUUUCAGAACUCAACAAUUUAUGUUUUCUGAUAAUGUCAUUACAUGGUUUCUUUGCCACAUUAGUCACACUGCUAAUUUAUGAACAAUAUCGAUUAUUCACAAUUAAUCUAAUUCUAUGCCGAAAACAACCAGUUUUGACACCAAGUUUUUCGAACAAGAGCACAAUUGAAACCACUUUUGUUAAUUGA